AGAGAGAGAGAGACAGAGACAGACAGAGACAGAGAGUACCUAUCUCUCGACAUGUCGAAGAAUUCGUUGACAGUAUGCGUUAUCGUAUUCGCGCCUCCAGAUCGUCGAGGAGAGAAGAUCGAUCCUCGUUCUUUCCUCCUCCGACCUUGAGGAUGUCUUGAAUUGUAAUGAAGAAUGUGAGAUCUCGAUGAACGAUCGAUAUGGAAGGAUAUAGAAAUAACGCGGGAAAUUACCAUUAAGAAAUAAUAGUGACGAUCUAUUGACGAUGUUAGGAUUAUCUUUAAAAUUAUUAAAUUAUUCUUCAAUCUAACGGGUUUCCUAAAAUGAGAUGAUACAAAAGUUAGACUUAUUUCUACGUCGAUCAAGUCGACAAAAAAAGAAAAGAAAAUGAUCGAUGAUAACGACGCAAGAGAAUAUCCUCUACGAUGCGAGCAGAAUCGAAAGGAUAUAUGGACCAAGACACGUGCUGGAAGAAUGCGGUGCAGGCGUGCGAAAGACUUGUCAAAGUGACAUUAAAAUCGACAAAAUGUUUUAUCACACAAAUUGAUCACGAUUUGAUCCUUCCUAAAUAAUAAUAUUAAUAACAAUAACAAUAAUAAUAACAGUAAUAAUAAUAAUAAUAAUAAUAAUAAUAAUAAUAAUAAUAAUAAUAAUAAUAAUAACGAUGAUAUGUGUUAAAAAAAUUAAUCAGUUCGAGGAACGAGAUUGUAGAUGUGAUUUUUCGGGUAAAAUUUGAAAUAAAGUCGAUUAAAGUAGAGUUCCUAAAGCAAUAGUGAAUGAACUUCGAUGUAAAGAGUGUCCUGUUUGUUUUUCUGUGCGUGUACGUGUGUCUGUGUUUAUCUCUAUGUAAUUUUACACGAGUCGAUUAAAUCGAAGAUCCUUCGAAACGAACACGAACGAUGCGGUGUAACUGUAACGAGGUGGUUGCAGGCUUGAAAAUCAAGAAGUAUAUAGUGACAAAGAGUCGACCAAGAGAAAGGAUCGAUAUCUCCCUGAAAACGUUGAACUUUCCAUCGUUAAUAUAAUCGUGAAAAUUUCGUUAAAGGAUAAAAGGAAAUCUCUAAUGAAAAACAGAUCAACGAACUACAGGUGAGAUGGAGACUGAAGACGAAAUGGAAGAGGAAUUGUCGGAAGCAACGGGGAUGGAGGUGAAUCAUAACAACAAUCUUGGGAACUUUGAAACUAUGAGGAUCUCUCCGAGAACAUCGGAGAAGGAUGAGGAAAGUAACGAUCAUUUGGAAAUAAAUCUUCAAGUGAAAACGAAGAACGAGAGAGAGGAAUCAAAAUUAUCUUUAAGUACAAGUAUGAAGACUGAUAUAAAGGAGAAAGAGAUCGCCAGGCUCUGUAGGAGCAAAAGGAUCUGUGGUCAGGACACGAUACACGAAUACGACGAGGACGAUGGCCUGACAAUGGAGAGAGUUGGAAGAUACAUGGAGGCUCAUCCAAACGUAGUUGAGACUUGGCUAUACGAAAAGGGAAGUUUGGAAUUACGACAACGAUUGCAAACGCCAAGAUUGGAACGUACAAAAUCAAUCACUUCAACUUCUUGUCAAGAUCAGGAAGGUAUUUUGAGUCGAACGAAACGUAACAGCGUCACAUCUGAUCUCUUUCAAACGUGGUUAUCGACGAGCUCGCCGGCUAAACGUAGCAGAAGUCCAAGCAGGGCUUCUAUAUCGUUAAUGGGUCGCCGAGAGGAACUCAAUAGACUGGACGAAAGCGACCUAUUUAUGGAACUCAUAAGGGACGUAGCGAACGAACUAGAUAUCAACGUACUUUGUCACAAAAUUUUAGUCAACGUUGGAAUACUUACUUGCGCUGAUCGAGGAAGUCUCUUUCUUGCAAAAGGUCCACUCGAGGAUAGAUAUUUGGUUGCUAAACUUUUUGACGUUACUCAAGAUACAGAACUUGAGGAAGCUGUUCAACGUGCGAAAAAUGAAGAGAUAAAGAUACCUUUCGGCGUGGGUAUCGCCGGUUACGUAGCUCAAACGAAGGAGAUAAUCAACAUAAAGGAUGCUUACAAGGAUCCACGAUUCAAUAGUGCCAUCGACAUGCGUACAGGUUACAAGACAACACUUAUCCUAUCGAUGCCUAUUUGUAAUUACGAGGGUGACGUUAUUGGAGUUGCACAGAUCAUCAACAAGACCAAUGGAAGCAACGAGUUUACGGAAAGAGACGUGGAAGUAUUUCAAAGAUAUUUAACCUUCUGUGGAAUUGGUAUUCAAAACGCACAACUCUUUGAGUUAUCCGUGCAGGAAUAUAGGAGGAACCAAAUUUUACUUAAUCUCGCGAGGAAUAUAUUCGAAGAGCAAAACAAUCUCGAGUGUUUGGUAACGAAGAUUAUGACGGAAGCAAAAGAGUUGCUGAAGUGCGAAAGAUGUGCGGUUUAUUUGCUUGAUCUGGAUUGCGGCGAGGCGGGUCAUCUCGAAAAGAUCGUCGAGCGACCCGGUAAAUCGAUUCAAGAAAACAGAAAACCAUUGUCCAGGAGAGAGAGCAAUAACAUCGAUAUGGAGGAUAUCUUUCAACAGCACAGUUCGAUCGAAAGCAGUAAGUUCACUAUGAUCUUCGAAAUGGAUAACGAAACCCAAGAGGCACGAGUAUAUCGACCAAGUACCAAUGAUCUUUCCAGUCCAUUGGGUCAAAUCGCAAGAUACGUCGCAGGUACUGGACAAAUUCUCAACAUAGGGGAUGUGACAAGUUGGUUGAAGAAAGAUGUUGUGGAGACUGAGAAGGAACCAACAAGAAGUAUCCUCUGUAUGCCGAUCGCUAAUGGUCAAAGAACUGUGAUAGGUGUUGCCCAAUUGAUUAAUAAGGACAAUGGUACAUCCUUCACUGAUUCCGACGUCUCCAUCUUCGAAGCAUUUGCCAUAUUUUGUGGUCUCGGUAUACACAACACACAAAUGUACGAGUCAGCUUGCAAACUGAUGGCAAAACAAAAGGUCGCUUUGGAAUGUCUCAGUUAUCACGCAACAGCCAACAACGACGACGCUUUGAAGUUAACCUCUGACCCUAUUCCAUCUGCCAAGGAGUUUAAUCUCUACAGCUUCACGUUCACGGAUUUUGAUCUAACAGAUGACGAUACGUGCAGAGCAAGCAUAAGAAUGUUUGAACAGUGCAAUCUUAUUCAUAAAUUUCACAUCCCUUACGAUAUUCUUUGCAGGUGGAUUUUAAGCGUGAAGAAAAAUUACAGACCAGUGAAAUAUCACAACUGGCGACACGCAUUAAACGUAGCACAAACUAUGUUCGCCAUGCUGAAAACGGGUAAAAUGGAACAAUUCAUGACUGAUCUUGAGAUUCUCGGGCUACUGGUAGCUUGUCUCUGUCAUGAUCUUGAUCAUCGUGGUACAAACAAUGCAUUCCAAACGAAAACGGAAUCACCACUCGCUAUUUUGUACUCCACAAGUACUAUGGAACAUCAUCAUUUCGAUCAAUGCGUCAUGAUAUUGAACUCGGAUAGCAAUAAUAUCUUUCAAAAUCUUUCCAUGGAAGAUUAUAGGAGAGUUAUGAAGGUGGUCGAGAGUGCUAUACUUUCGACAGAUUUAGCAGUGUAUUUUAAGAAAAAGAAUCGUUUCAUGGAGCUGAUCGACGAGGGUGAAUUUGAUUGGCAGAGCGAGGAAAAGAAGGAAUUGUUAUGCGGAAUGAUGAUGACGGCAUGUGACGUUAGCGCGAUAGCAAAACCCUGGGAGGUUCAACAUAGAGUAGCAAAAUUGGUGGCCGAUGAAUUUUUCGAUCAGGGUGAUUUGGAACGAUUGCAAUUGAAUCAACAACCGGUAGCGAUGAUGGAUAGAGAGAGAAGAGACGAAUUGCCACAGAUGCAAGUUGGUUUUAUCGACGUGAUAUGUAUGCCAUUGUACAAGGUUAUGGCAGAAACGUUUCCAUGGAUUAAGCCACUUUACGAAGGUACCAAGGAGAAUAGAAAACAUUGGCAGGAUUUAGCGGAAAAAGUUGAAAUAGGAUUGACUUGGAUAGAUCGCGAUACUAUCGAAGAACCAGUGGAAGAGUUCGUCUCUUACGAACCAAGAGAUAUCGAGUUCACUGUGACGACCUUGAACUGUGCCCAUCCUGAAAGAAAGGAUCAAGUUCAAGAAAAAUCAGCAUUGGGUAAAUUCACCUCGUUUAGGAAAGGAGGUCGUUCAUUAGGCAAAGGUGUCAGGCAACGUCUAAGUAAAUCGCUUUACGUAAAGACUAAUUCAGAGGACACCAGUAAAACAAAAGUAUUGAUUUCUGAAAGGAAAAGUCGUAAUAAACUUUGUCUUCUCAUUUGACGGCUCACGUCUACUACUCUCGAGAGUAUACCAGAAUGAUGUUUGUCCUUCCUAAGAAAAAAAAAAGAAAGAAGAAAGACAAGAAAAAAAAAGAAAAACAAACAAAACAGAAGAAGAAAAAAAUCAAUAUCGUUCGUUCUCACGUCGAACGAUCGAUGGUUCAUCGAACGAAAAAGCAACGAGUACGAUGUGAUUUCGUUCUAACGACUCCAACGAAACGGACUACUUUUACUCCGUGAGUUUAAAAUGUCAGAAUCAAAAUAGAAUAGAAUCAAGAACGAUCGCAAAUUCGAUUUGGAUGGUCGAACGAUAUCUAUCAAAAACCAUCGUCAAGUAUCCCUCCCCUCUCCCGCCUACCCAAUUCCGUUGAUUUUUUGUGCUAAAAUGUGUGAAACUUUCUAUAAAAUGAUUAAUAAUAAGAAAGACUGCUGAACUUGUAUUUCUCUUUUUCAAAAUAGAUACGUCGUAGAGAAAGAGAGAGAGAGAGAAAAGAACAAAAAAAAAGAACAAAUAAAAAAAAACAAAGACAGUACAUUUUUAGAGACUAGAAAGUAUACUUAGUCGAGAUAUGACUAAGUAUAUACAUAUAUCUAUAUAUUAAAUACACACAUACACACACACACACAGACACACACACACACACACACAUGUGCGUAUAUAAUUAGGAAAAUGGAUAGUCGAUGAGAUAUAUCGAUAUAUUGGUCUGUAUCUCGAUAUAACACGAACGAAAAGACGUAAGAGUAUAUUCCCAUUCGAUUUUGACAAUCUUUUUGUAUUAUAUCGCGAUUCUUACUAGGCUCUAUCUAGUCGAACAAGGGAAGUGGAAGUGAUCGGUAUCGACUUGCAAAUGGAACAAAGGAAGAGUUUAACUAAUGUGUACGUAGUUGUGUGCGUCCUCUGUGUGUUUUUUGAUCUUGGAUAAAUUGAAAAAUACUACUUUAGUAAAGACGAAAUAGAGUACGGAGUCUAUCGAUUAUUUGGAAUAUUCCAAUUUUGCUAUAUAAUAUUGUCGAUCGUGAUCGAGAGAUCGAGAGGCAAAUGUAAACUUCGUUUCUCUUUUUUUUCCCGCGUCCCCAUUAUUCCCUAUUAUUUCCCUAUUUCUAUUUACGUAUAUCCCAUUGUUAUGCGUUUCCUUGUUUGUCGGAAAGAAAACAAAAAUGGAAAGGAAGACGAGAGAAAAAUUAAAUAAAUAAAAAUGUCGGAAAAGAAA